CAAGAAUCACGAGGGAUACGCCAGAGGCUCGUGACAAGUCACGUGAUUCACCGGAUUUAAACGUCAGACUCGGGAAGGCGAAAGCAGUUUAAGAAAGGUGCACGUGUAGUGUAAUUGUUAUUCGGUACACCGGACAAGCAGACAACAGGAAGUGAUGUGGUGUGUGCUGUUGCUGGUAUCUGGGCUGCUGUCAAUCAGCUGGGCCCGGCCCCGCCUACCUCCGCUCUCCCAUGAGAUGGUAAACUACAUCAAUGAGGCCAACACUACAUGGAAGGCUGGCCACAACUUUCAUAAUGUGGACUACAGCUAUGUCAAGAAGCUGUGUGGCACCCUGCUCAAAGGACCCAAACUCUUCACCAUGGUGCAGUAUACAGGGGACAUGGCGCUGCCUAAGAACUUUGACCCCAGACUGCAGUGGCCCAACUGCCCCACUCUGAAGGAGGUCAGGGACCAGGGCUCCUGUGGCAGCUGCUGGGCAUUUGGUGCUGCGGAGGCCAUCUCAGACCGUGUGUGUAUCCACAGCAAUGCCAAAGUCAGCGUGGAGAUCUCCUCGGAAGACCUGCUCAGCUGUUGUGAAAGUUGUGGCAUGGGAUGUAAUGGUGGUUACCCCUCUGCUGCGUGGGACUUCUGGACUAAAGAGGGGUUGGUCUCUGGAGGACUCUAUGACUCUCACAUUGGUUGCAGGCCCUACUCUAUCUCUCCCUGUGAGCACCAUGUCAACGGCACACGACCCCCCUGUAAAGGAGAGGAGGGUGACACCCCACAAUGUACCAACCAGUGUGAGCCGGGAUACACACCUGGCUACAAGCAGGACAAGCACUUUGGUAAGCGUUCGUACAGUGUGCCCUCUGAUGAGAAGGAGAUCAUGAAGGAGCUCUACAAGAAUGGGCCUGUAGAGGGUGCUUUCACUGUCUAUGAAGACUUCCUGCUCUACAAGUCUGGUGUAUACCAGCAUGUCUCUGGUAGUGCAGUAGGAGGCCAUGCCAUUAAGGUCCUAGGCUGGGGAGAGGAGGGGGGAACGCCUUACUGGCUGGCUGCUAACUCCUGGAACACUGACUGGGGAGAUAAUGGUUUCUUCAAGAUCGUGCGAGGUGAGGACCACUGUGGCAUCGAGUCCGAGAUGGUGGCUGGCAUCCCUUUGUAACAUGACAAUGUUAACGGGAUGUGAUGAGGCGGCUGCAGAUUUCCUGUCCACUAGACGGAGACCCGGCAACUCUGUAGUUCCAAAAUAAUUUAAGAGAAGGAAACUCCACCCUAUCAGAGGGAAAGAUGGAGCUACUGCCAUAUUGCUCAUACCUGUCCUAUUCUGAUUUGCUUCAGAUCUGAGUAGUGUGUAAGAGUAGUGGCUAGGGUUCUAUUUGGACCAUGACUUAGUCUAUUUGUAACUUUUUUUGAACUACAGGACAGAACACUACUGUCUGUGGUACAGUGUUACCAGUGUUACAUGUAUGACCAGCUGUCUCGGGGUGGCUCUGGGUCAAUGUCACACCGGGUGUCUAGUGGCUUCCUCUUGUAUCUGACAACACAGAAUGGGUGAAGGCAAUAUGGAGGAUCCCUGUGAUGUAUAUGCUUUCACCUGUCCAGUUGUGUUGUCAGUGCAGGGAGAAUAAUCACUAUAGACUAUUGAGACCGUCCCCAGUGAGUGAGUAGGAUGUUGCCAGUGAUGGCAAGGUCACCAGCUAUGCUAAAAUACUUCUGUCCCAGUAUGCAUUUAUUUAAUUAUGCUUUUUAAAGUGUUAAACCCCUUUUUUUUAUAAAAUAUUUUUCAUUCGACGUGAUCAGUUGUGCACAUUUUGUUAACUUGGAUCAUCAUUGAGAAAUGGAUGAUUUUUUUUUUUUUGUAGUGAUGGGUUGUGAUUUGAAUGAUUUUUCUUCUAAUGGUUCUCUCCUUACUCUGAUCAAGUUUUCUGAGAUGCUUGUUUGAGUUGCAUGAUGAAAUAAAAGUUUACAUGUUUGA